UAAUGUUUUGUUAGGCCCCACACUGCUUGACGCUCCCAACCUUCCAUCCCAAAGUCGUCACGCUAUUCACUACACAGUUAUUUACAUUUAUGUCAGUUUAUUAAAUCUAAUCAUAUAUCUUAAAGAAUAAAUAUAACAGUAUUAUCUCAAACACGUCCAACCAACAAUUUCAAAACCCUACUCCUCUCCGCACGGCAAUGUCGUCGCCCGCGGCGGUGCAUCUACGAUCUCCGAUCAACUCCUCCUCCGACGCGCCGCCGCAUUCUCCGUUCCUCCACUUCAAUGCCGACUGCCUGAACUCUUCUUCCGCCGCCGCCGCCGCCUCCGCCGCGCGCGCCAGGUCCAGGCCGAGGCUCGCGAAGCUCAGGAAGCAGUCCGCGUCGCAGCAAGCCAGGUCCCGCGGCAGAACGUCCACCGCCGUCGACGACGGCGUCGUCGGCUCCGGCUUCAAUCCGUUUCGCUCCGAUCAGGUAACCGGAAAUGUUAGUGGAGUGGAUAGUGGUUCCGAUCGUAACGAUGUUUUUGUGUUUGGCGCUGGGAAGGGCGAUUCUGGUUCUGCUAGGGAUUUGAAUUCCGAGCAGGGACCGAGACCGAGUGAAAAAGAGAAGGAGUUUAGGAAGAGUGGUGGCGUGGAAUUUGUGUUUAGUGCUAAACGGAGUGAUGCGGAAUUGAAAAGGAACGGUGGGAAUGUUACAGAGACGGUUUCUGGUGAGGAAAGGAAGGUGAUGUCAAAUUCGGAGGUGGAGUUGAAUAGUAGUAGGGUUUUUGUUUUUAGUGCUUGUAGAAACAAUUUGGAUUCUGGUUCAAGUACUGAAAAGGGAAAGUCUAGUGUGGGUGUGGGGAAUUUGGGUGGGGAGAGGGAGGCUGAAUUUGAGUUUGGAAAGCAUGAUUGUUUUGGUGGCAGCCGUAGUGAUAGAGAGCCAAGUGGUAAUGUGGAGAAGCCGGAGCCUGUUGGUUGUGUGCGGAAUUCGGAUCAUGGAAUGGGUGCUUUUAGUGUCAAGAUGGGAAUGAAUGGUAAUUGUGAAACAGGUGCUGAUCGGAUUGGGCAUUUGGGUACUGGUGAUAAGUGUAAGAGUCGAUAUGGGAGUAAUAAUGGUAUUUCUGCUACUUAUAGUGACAUUCCAGCAUGUAGUUUAUCGGAUGAAAUGGAGAAACUGAACAUCAAACAUUCCGAGGGUGCUGAUGGCACUAGAAAUUCAACGAAUUUGCAUGCAAAUGGUUGCGCUGGUUUUGUGUUUGGAGGAAGUGGCAAGGUUUUUGGCCAUUCUAGUGUUAGUUCAGGAGCUGGUGUUGAUGGUCAGCAGUCUUGUGCUCAUGCUGCUUUUGAGAAUAUUGGUGGGCAAUUUGUGAAAGCAGGUGGAUUAAAUGGUGUUCAAAAUGGGACCUCUUGUGGUAUUGCCUGUGGUUCUGAAGGAAUACAUUGCUCUAAGCCAUCCACUAGUCAGGAAGGUGUCAGAGAUGUCCAGUGUGGCAAAAUUCCAGAAUGUAAUGUGUCUGAAGAUUCGAAAGUGAAUGCAGCUGCAUCAUCAUUUUCUUUCUCAUCAGUUGGUCAUGACUCCCAUCCAAAUCAUUAUGCUUCCAUGGGCCAUUCCUCGAGUGCAGAUAAAGAUAAGGGUGAUAAUUGUUUUGCAAGUACUCCAGAGCCUUCCAAAGAGUCAUUUGCGGACUUCAAACCCCCAACAUGGGAUCCUUCUUGUUUCAAAGACAACUUAUUUCCUAAGUUAAAUAAAAGAAUUGAGUCCACACAAAAGGGCCGAUCUUGUAAAGAAAAAGGAUCAAAAUGUAUGAGGCGAAAAUUGAAGCCGCAUUCCUUAAACAAGAAACAGACAGGGCUAGAUCAUUUGUCAAAGGAAAAUGGUUCACUCAAAUCCCCCGAUUCUGCUGUUCACUCACCCAUGGAUUUUUCACCCUAUCAGGAAACAACAGCAAGUGAUCAAGAUGCAAAAGCUUCAGAAGAAUUAAAUGAUCUGCAAUCAACAAUUCCUACCAAUUACAAAGAUGAAAACUUGCCUGCUGUGGGGAGAGAAGAUAUCAGUACAACUGAUCGAAGGUUUGGAGAUCCUGACAAUAAUGAGUUAUUGUCACGUAAUAGAAGUUCUUCUGUGGAUGAUUUUCAUUCUUCUGGUCCUGAAGUAUGGCCUAAUUUGAAAGGCAAUCAAUUCUGCUGUAGCAGUGUAGCAGGUGCUUCAGAAGAUGCUGGGGUUGACUUCACCUCAAACUCUGAAAAGCAAAAGGAUGAUAUAUUUCGUUUUGUUCAUGGUGUGAAUGAUUCAAAGGGGAAAGAUUUUGCAUUUUCUGCAGCAUCAUCAACUGUUGAGCGUACUCCAUCAUUAUUAAAGCGUAAACAGAAGAAAUUUAGGAGGAAAAUAGGGUGCAACUCUUUUGUCAUCUCUCCUCCUGUGAAUGGAAAGUUUGUAUCUUCUGUACAAUUUUCACCACAUACCGCUGCCAACAUGUCAUCACAUUCUGAUGUGAGGGAUAAGUCUCAGAUAAAUCACCAAUUCAAGGAAGGGGAUGUUGCAUCAUCAGAUACAAUUCCAGCAGCCUGUGACAAGUGGAGACAAAGGGGGAACCAGGCCUAUAAAGAUGGGAAUCUUUCAAAAGCUGAGGACUUCUACACACAAGGAAUAGAUUCUGUCCCUUCAAGUGAAAGGUCAUGCUGUGUUAAGCCUCUUUUGCUGUGUUAUAGUAACCGUGCAGCAACACGGAUGAGUCUUGGAAAGAUUAGAGAAGCUCUAGAGGAUUGCAUGAUGGCUACUGCUCUGGACCCCACCUUUCUUAAAGCACAGAUGAGAACUGCUAAUUGUCACCUUUUGUUAGGGGAAGUAGAAAAUGCUCAGCAGUAUUUUAAUAAGUGCAUGGAAUCAGUUAGUGUUGUUUGUUUGGAUCGGAGGGUUAUAGUAGAAGCAGCUGAAGGUUUACAGAAGGCUCAGGAAGUGGUCAAGUGUAUAAAUAAUGCUUCUGGACUUUUAAAAGAGAGGACUUCUGAUGCAGCUGUUACUGCUUUAGAACUAGUUUCUAAGGCAUUGUCAAUAAGUUUAUACUCAGAAAAAUUACUGCAAAUGAAAGCAGAGGCUCUGUGUUUGCUACAAAAGUAUGAUGCAGCAAUUCAACUUUGUGAACAGAGUCAGCAUCUUGCAGAAAAGAAUUUUGUCUUGGCAAACAGUGCAGAAAAUUCCAAUAAUUCCUUAUGUGAUAGUUACUCAAGUGUAAAAUUUUGGAGGUUGUCAUUGAUAGCCAAGUGUUACUUUCAUUUGGGAAGGCUUGAAGCAUCACUUAAUAUUCUUGAGAAAUUACAGCACACCGUGUCUGUUGCUAACAAGAGUGUGAUUGAUAACAUUGAAGAUUUUCUGUCAUUGGCUUCUACAAUACGAGAACUUCUAGACCACAAGAGGGCAGGAAAUGAAAACUUUAAAUUGGGAAAGUACGCGGAUGCUGUAGAGAAUUACACUGCCGCUUUAUCAUGCAAUAUUAAAUCACGUCCUUUUGUAGCAAUAUGUUUCUGCAACCGUGCUGCAGCUCAUCAAGCUUUGGGCCAAAUUGCUGAUGCCAUUGCAGACUGCAGUGUGGCUAUUGCCCUUGAUGGAAAUUAUGCAAAGGCAAUUUCAAGAAGAGCCACCUUACAUGAGAUGGUUAGAGAUUAUGAACAAGCAGCUUGUGAUCUCAAGAGACUUAUAGCUGUUCUUGAAACUCAAUCCAAUGAAAGAGCUAAACAGUCUGACUCACCCAGUGGAUCAAAUGGGGUGAAAGAAUUGAGGCAAGCUCAUCAACGUCUACUCUCGGUGGAAGAUCAAGCCAAAAAGGGAACACCCUUGGAUAUUUACCUCAUUUUAGGCAUCAAAUCAGCUGAUACAGCAACAGAUAUCAAGAAGGCAUACCACAAGGCAGCUCUCAGACAUCAUCCAGACAAGGCUGGUCAGUUGUUGGCAAGAAGUGAAGUUGGAGAUGAAGGCCGAGUUUGGAAGGAAAUUUCACAGGAGGUUUACAAGGAUGCAGAUAGGCUUUUCAAAAUGAUUGGAGAAGCAUAUGCCAUGCUUUCAGACCCAGCCAAGCGUGCGGAGUAUGAUUUGGAAGAGGAGAUAAGGAAAGCUUCUAAGAACAGUAACAGAGGUGGCACAAGCAGGAGAUCUUCGGAUGUUUAUGGGUAUGGAAAACCAUCUGAUGGUUAUAAAUCUCCCUCUGACAGAACUUCUAACAGACGAUAUGGACGGGAUCAUUGGAAGACAUAUGGACAUUCAUAUUCUCGAUGGUAAGAGAUACAUGAGCAUCGAGGUUCCUUUGCUCUGUAAAAGUGACAUGGCUUCUCAUUCUUGAUGGACCCAAGUUUCAUGAUGGUAUGAAAAAGGAGGCUUAAAACUGCUUCUGCAGGUCAUUUCUCAAAUAAGAUUGUACGUAGAUUUUGCAAGCAAUAGUGAUGUAAUCCUUCAAGUAGCCAAGGACUAAAGGCCUGGGAAAUGAGGCAAGAACAGGCCCCACUAACAGUAAUAUAUAUGCUUCACCAACGUAAAUGGAAACAAGGAAUUGAUGAUAUACUUUACCUACCCAUAAUCACAUGCUUUUUACUGGAAGAGCUUUUCAGAAGGGAAAAGCAUUGUUCAUGCACAAAGUCCGGCAGACACAGACAAGAGAGUCAAUGCAGUUGUGCUUUCUAGCAUUCUCGAAUGUCACAGGUGCUGUUGUAGUUAUUAUGUAUCAGUAUCUGGAUUGAGAAUCUUGAUAGGAAGUGUUUCUGCCGAAGUAAAGUAAAAGGAAGCCCGUCAUAAAUACAGAAAAUAUAUUUUCUUAAUCGCCCCAAAUUACAUAUCCCUUGACAAAGUAGAAAACGGCCUCAACAAUUUUUCUCUUGGAUUCCAAAUGAGUGAACAGCUUAUAGAAUUCUAUGAAAUAUUGAUUCUUUAUAUCUAUUAGUGGGGUA